AAAAUUCGUAAAUGUGUUAACAUUGCAAUUGUUAAAGAGACCCCUAGUCUCAUUUCUUUUCGCGAAGCUAAACAUUUCGACAGUUGAUUUUGAGCCGGUCCAUCAGGGAUCGCGAGAGAUUCAUUCCGUAAAUGAGGACGUCCUACUUCUAGGUCGGGUCAACACGAGUCUCAACAUAGGCCCAAGAAAACAGCAAGAGAAUCCAUCAUUAAACCUAUCAAUUCGGCCGUGUGGAAGGAGCACUGCUCAUCACUGAAGAUUGAGAGCGUCUCGUAAAAAUCAAAAAAAAAGAACGAAGAAGACAUGGCGAUCAAUAUAAGAGCUUACUCGAGAGAUUCGGACACUAACGUCGGAAAUGCCAUCAUUCAACAGCAUCACGCACCGCCAGGAGCGCUAAGAGGAUUGCCAACUUCUCGGGAUUUUGGUGGCGCCGUUGGAAACGUUCAUCAUCCGACAGGCCAGCCGGCGGGCAGAGGCAACCGAGGCAACAACCGGAGUGACGUUUCCAUUCAAGUUGACGUCGGAUCAUCGAAAACGGCCAAUAGCGAUCGAAUGGGCCGUACAACAAAAAAUCCAAAAGUUGGAGGCGCUGGAAAAUCGGAGCAAUAUGAAACGGCCCUUUAUUCAAGAGAAGACAUUCGCGAACAGUAUUGCAUCAACAAAAAAGAAACGGAUGUGCUGGAUCGCUCGUCUCACGUGCGCCAAAGAGCCAAGGGAUUCUUCGGAUGCUUAACAAGUCGCAAGGAUCAUGGAGCUAAAAAAAAGAAAUCACGAUCGUCCUUCUUUUCUGCGUUGUGCGUCCGACGGGCGAGCGAAGAGAAUUUGUACAACGGCUGCAAUAAACCCGUAGCCAAUACAAAUCGGAGCGUCACUCUACCUGCACUUCAGCCAUUUACGGUUCCUCUUCGCGAUGAUGGCUCGAAUCAACCAGGCUUGUUUCGGAAUCGUCCUCAAUCAUUCUGUACAACUGAUCCACGCAGAUUCUCCAUGCAAACCUCAACUGCUCCUUGCAUUGUGAAUAGCUAUGCACCUCGCCAUUCUGAUCCAGAUUGGAAAAUUAGCACGUUGCCCAUUCAUCGGACAAACAGUGAUGCUCCAAAUGAAAAUGAAAAUUACGGAUCUAACCAUCCGUUCCGGUAUGGUGGCAGAUUGGCCUACACACAACCAAACACGCCUGAACUAUCGGCUGCACUUUACCGGAGGCAGGUCAUGUCCAGCGAGGCCCUUUUAGAUGAUAGAAGAUCUACCGGUUCGAUUUCGAAACAUGUCAGUUUCGAUGCUUCGUCUCCUUGUUCAGAAAUUUACACGUCAGCCGUUCCAGCAAAUGCUUCCAAAAGCCAGGAACGGCUUUUAGACGGCCGUAAAACUCCUGAGCCAUUCAUCGAAUCCAAAAGACAUCCACAUCAGACAGCUGCAUUUUCUCCAGUAUUGGCUCGUGCCAUCCUUUUAGAGAGAUUGCGCCAAGCGUCGAUGCGAAGCCAGGCCACGCAAACGGAAGGUUAUUAUAAUUCAACGACGUCACUCUCCUACCCCAGUUGCUAUAGUGGCGCAGGAUCGCAAGUGUCGAUUCCGGGAGCUGUCAGCACAGUCACACGCCAAGUGCAGACGAACUUUGAACCGCGUUCAUCUAAAGAAACAAAACGAUUAACAAGAAGCUCGUCGGCUGUGGAUCAGGACGUUGAAGGAGAAAGAGAAUGUCAGAAAACAGAGGCUGAAUUCCAGCCAUUAAAACGUUUGCCGGAUGAACUAAGUCAAUCUCAACCGGAAGAAAUUGGAGAAUAUAAAAAGACUCCAUCACCUGACCGAGGGUCGCCCAGCACGGGUAAACACGUGCGUUCCAGCAGACGGAGACAAUUGUUGAAAGCUUUAUCGGAAGGAACGAUCCUGCUGGAUCGUAAACGUGCCCGACGUUUUGCUUCCGGCUAUGUUGAAGUUAAUGUUCACGACAACGAACGUUCGCCCGUCGAAGAAGUGGCUGGCAGAGUCCUCGUUCACGAUCCAAUGCGCCACGGCUCCAGUGAGGAUGGAAGUUUCGACGAUGAGGAGCUUUUUGCUUCGUCGCUUCCGCUGAAAGGAAAAGCCACAACUUCCUCGCAAGAUAUCAACCGCUCGUUGGGUUUCACUGACGUGGAAGACGUUUGGUCUGACUCGGAGCAUCCGCCAGACGGGCAAACGGAAGACGUCACCUCUACGUCUUUUCUUCAAGCGCAGAAAUCCUUCGACUCGAACGCCUCUCUGCCGGACACGGCCGGCAACUACAGCGACGAGUUUGGCAGCACGUCGCAAGUGACGGUCCUCCAGCCGAACUCGUCCUGUGUAGGUCCCAAUGAAAAGGCAAAUAAUUCGUUCGUUGUCACGUGCGAUUCAGAUUUGGAUGCACCGCGUCCGCCUACACCACCACCUAGACGCCCACCAGCCACAAUCGAUCCAGCGGAAGCACUAGAAAUGGAGAAGGAAAUUAUGGUCCAGUUUCCUCCAUGGCCAGGAUCUCAUGACACUGAAGUGAUCCCGGCCCCGCCCAGUUUUGCUUGUUCUUCCGCCAAUUCGUCUCUUCAUCCGGAAGAUGAUGAUGAUUCAAUUCCUCCUCUCCUACCCCAAGACGUUGAAUUAUCAAACAAUCAGAUGAGUCAACGCGUUUUAUUGCGUCACAUGAAGAACGGAUCGAAAAGCAUGUCUGAGACGAUUACAUCCGUCGAUUCGGAUUCUUCCGGUCGUCGAGUGACCGAACAUGAAACGUCAGCCAGUUCUGAACCUCUCAGUCCGCCUGUCAGCGAGCUCAAUAGUCCUUUGCAAGCGGAUAUCAACAGCAAACCGGCUGGGUUGGAUUCCACCGAUACGAAUUCGGACGCGUUUUUGACGGCCCUGUCGGAUCAUUUGACGACGGCCGGACUGACGGAAGUCUACAACACGGCGAUGGAGCGCAGUGAAAGGAGCUUCAGAGAAAGUGACACUUCACAUAACAGCACUCUGAGAAUGGAUCAUUCCGGCGUUCAAGAAUUGCCCUACGAAUCUCCUCCACCUCUCGAUGGGCCUCCUCCGUUGCUGACGUCACCGGAUUCAAACAACGAUGGGCAAGACAUUUGCCGAGAGAGUUCCACAUCCGGAAGCUAUAGCCUGGAAGCUACUCCUUGCGCUUCACUUAGUCCGAUUGCUGGCCUCGCGGCUGUAAUGGAUUCAACAAAACAAACUUCGAAUCCGGAAUCUGUACUAGUUUCCACUCAAGAGGGCGCUGUUGCCAAGGCAACCGAUCGAAAAACGUUGAGGGAGACAAUGAAAUUGCAAUUUCCGCCGGGAUCCAGCAUGUUUUCUUCGACGGCUUCGCCUUCCACUCCGACCAAAUCUGGGGCCAGCGGAAGACGUAAACAUUUCACGCAACAGCAAUCGACCAAUCAGCACAGUUCGACUGAUUCGGAAGACAAUGAUGAAGCCGGAGAUCGUUCCAGCCGGAAGCGGAGGUCGAACAAGAACAAUGUCGCCACAGAGCCCGCACCUGAUGUGGUCAAACGUCCGUCUUCCAAGCACAAGAAAACGCGCAAUCGAGAUCCUAUCACUCCGAACAAUUCAUUUUCUAUUCCGGAUGGAUGUGCCAAAAAACGUGAUUCUCAAAUCGCGGCGGAUGUUACGACACCCGGAAUGGUUCGCAGUCCAGCAAUGCACGAAGGCUUCCGAUUGGCGGAUUGGGACGUUGCCGCACCGCAAAUAUCGCCUCCGGCAAACGCGGAAUUAUCGGAUGAACACAAUUAUUUCACUCUGCAACAUCCGAGCGAGUCUUCCCUCCACGAUCCGGACAAUAUGGCCGACAUGGUUGGCAAAUCGUGGAAUUUAACGGCCCCAUCUCCAUCGCACAAACAGAAUUGCGAUUCCAUUCGAUCCGUCAGUCCCGGAAGCGACAAUGUCUUUGUUUCUGAAACACCAGCUGAGAUAUCUGGCAACGGUGGAGUACCUCCUCCGCCGGAAGGUUUUGCCGAUUCACCGGCCAUUUUGGCACCUGACUGGAAUUUAACUUCCAAGACGCACGGCAGUCAGGCGGACUCGAUCAGCUGUGACAAUCAAGAAAUGAGCAAAAGGAAGCGGGAUUCCGGCCGUAGCAAACGGACCAAGAGUUGCACAUUACCGGCGGGCAAUUCGAGCGCAUCGGCCUUGUCAGCCGAAACGGCUGAUUCGUCUGACAAUCAAGUCCCUCACAGGACCGUUUCCACCAUCGACAUGUGGUAUCCGGAGACUCAACUGCCGCCCAAAAGGCAAUUGACCGUUCGUGCCAAGUCGGAAGAAAAGGAACGUUUUAAUCGACCUGUUAGACGGAACUUGAAUCAUUUAAUCAGAUCCGUCGAGGCCAGCUGGGAUUCUCUCGGUUCUAAAUUGAGUUGCGACGGAACACCUUUAGAUGAUGAAGACGCAGGUAUUUACAAUGCGAGCUAUCGGGCUGGUGCGUGGGCAUACAUCGGCGAGACGGAAGAGCUGCAAGUCUGGCGCCGUUCCCAACCGCAGACGCCGUUACAAGAAACCGACGAUUCGUCGACGGCAUCCGAAAAAGACUUCCGCCGUAAAUACACAUCCAUCACACACCGCAUGGUUCACCGCAAGUCCAGCGUGGAAAUGUUCAGACGGCUCGCAACCAGCACAUUCGAUCCAACCACCGACUCAAGUGUCAGACACUCUUUACAAGAUAUUUACCAGUUGAUGUUGAUGAUUUGGUGCCGAGAGAGUCUGGCACUGCGCAGACUAGCGGACAUUCGUCCAGGCGAGUGCGAUAAUGUCGUCCUGGUGAAGAGAGAAUCGGGCGAGUUUGGAUUCAGAAUUCACGGUUCUAAGCCGGUUGUUGUGUCAGCCAUUGAGCCUGGAACUCCAGCUGAAUUGUCUGGAUUGCAGGUGGGCGAUAUCCUCAUUAGUAUCAACGAUGUCAACGUCCUCGAUUCGUCUCAUUCGGAAGUUGUACGCAUCGCCCAUACAGGCACAGAUGAGCUGAAGCUUGAGGUGGCAAGAACAUGCAACAUCCUGUCAACGAACCCCAUUUUGGCUGCAGACCAAUCAACAACUGAUGGUUCCCAGGGAGGCAACACCACUGACAACGAGUCUCCCAUUCUGGUGGGUUACCUGUGGAAGAAGAGCCAGUCAGCCAGCCGGGCUGACGAGAGCAGCAACGUUUGGUACAGGAGAUGGUUCGUCCUCAAGAGAGACAACUGUCUCUACUACUACAAAAACCAAGAUAGUUCGCAGCCAUUGGGAGCCGUUUCUCUUUUGCACUACACGGUGACUCGUACAUCGUUUGCCGAACGACCUCACGGUUUACUGUUGAGCAAAGGUGGAACUAUACGACAUUGGCUGGCAGCCGAAUCUACGGAAUCGGUUGAACUGUGGCAUUCCGUCUUCAAUCACGCUUCUAAAGCCGCCGUCCAGGAUGUUUGGCUGGAGAUGUGCGCCCAGAACAUCCAAUUGCCGCCGGCGUCGAUGGCAUCGCCCGACUGCGUCGGCCAUCUCAUGAAGCUCGGUCACCGGGCCAAGGAAUGGCAGCGUCGACUCUGCCUUCUCAAAGACGCCUGCCUCUACUUUUACGUCGACAUCAACGUCUCGUCUGCCCUCGGAGCGUUGCACUUGCACGGUUACCGCGUCCAGGCCUCGGGCACGACGGCCUCGAGCGGUGAGCGACGCAAAUUCGCCUUCGAACUGUUGCCGCCUGAGCCGCGCAUGCGCCAUUUCCACUUUUACACCGACUCGGAGAACGAUCGCAAACGGUGGAUCGCCGCUUUGGAGUACUCGAUCGAUCGAUGGAUCAGAGUCGGCUAGUCGUCACUUUGAAAUACCAACCCCAAUGAAUAUAUAAAUAACUGCGUUUACAUCUAGAACGGAAUUUCGUUCAUUUUUACACAACUCCUCUAGACCUUCUUUUUUGAUUCUUCCUCAUGCGUGUUAUUUCUCCUCUUUGUAAAAUGCAAUAGCAACAACAACGGUCGGCUUCGCUAUUUUCUCCUCGCAACCGCAGACAACAACGUGGGUGCCAAAACAGAUGUUCUCCUAUAUAAAAAUAAUCCUCAUUGUUUAUUAUUUAUUUUUUUAUUUUUUUUUAAAAAUUAUUUUUUUUUUUUAAAUUCUAGUUUGGUUUUGCUCGACGAACUCCAGCCCCCAAAAGAAGAACAACAAAAAGUUUUUUUUUUUUCAUUCUUUUAUUCGAGGUAAAUAAUGACGUUUUUUUUUAUUAUAAUUUUUUAUUUUCAUGGAAUUAUCGACCUCCACCAGGUGUGUCAAUUUACAUAAAAGAUGGAAAUUUUUUAUUAUCUUUUAAAAGACGCGCACAACAAAACUGUGUCAAACACAAACGGCUGUUAGUUUCACCGUUUACCCCACCACAUUUCUUCUAUUUGUGUGUUUGAAUGUUUGAGCGUGAUUCCCGAAAAAAAAAAACAGCUCCCGAUCCCCCCCUUAAAAGAUUAUUUAUAGCGAUGAUGAUUUCAUAAUCAUUCAGUCAAUGACUUGUGUGACAAUGAUGGACGGGAAAGAGAAUGAGAACAAAAAUAAAAUUCAAAAAAAAAAAAAA